UGAUAUGACAUGGAGAAAAAUAGCCUUUGGUUUGGAUAUUUAUAAUGAGAAUAUAAAUAAGAAAAAAUCUAUGAUCCAUCCUCGUAUUUUCAUUGAGGAUUUUAGCAAAUUGCCAACAUUUACUUGGAAGGAAUUUAAUCAACGUGUUCAAAGCGGUGCUAAUUUUGUUGUUUGUGAUGUUUGA